UCUGUAUGUUCUUCCGUAGUCGACAACUGAACCUUCUGGUAAAAAUUAGAGGAAGAAAUUUCAAGUGAGAAGAGCUUCACAUUUCUUGAAAGAGUCUCUGUAUAUAUAAAGCAGCAAAAGCUGUGAACCAAGCUAGACAAAAAAAAAAACCUCUCUCUCUCUCUCUCUCUCUGCCAAGAGUUGGUUGGUUGGUUCAACUUCUAGAGAGAGAAAACCAUCAAUACUCUGUGUGUGUGUGUGUGUGUGUGUGUGAGAGUGAGUGAAAGGUCUAGACCUUUUGGGACCUUUUGCGCUAAUUUUUCUUUUGAGGCUUGGGAUACCCAGAAGGAGAGAAGGGUUUUGAGGAGAGAGAUUUUGGGAAAAUGAGUUCGGCUUCAGAACAGAGUUUUUACAUUGAGAGCGAAGAGGAAGAUGAGGAGAAGGAAUUUAACAAGGCGGAAGAUGAUGGAAACAAUUCGGAAUCUUCGAAUCAUUCGAAUGAAAAUCGGCAGCAGAGCAAACCCAAUUCUCUCAAUACAACAUGGCCUCAAAGUUACAGGCAAUCAAUUGAUCUGUAUAGUAGUGUAUCAUCCCCGAGUCUUACAUUUCUUGGCACUCCCACGUUAUCAAGAUUAAGCAGUUCACUUCUUUCCUCGUCAUUGACGAGGAGACACACUCCUGAGAUAUUACCUUCUGUGGCUAAACCUCUUUUGCCAACAGUAGAUAAUGAGCAACAACCGCAACAAAGACGUAGUUCCCAUUCUCUGCUUCCUCCUAUUCCGUCGAGGAAGGCUUCCACAAAGAAAUUCGCCAAGGUAUCACAUGAAGUUCCAGUUCCUCGCCAGAGUUCAUUUGGCCAAGCUGUGUUAAACGGCAUGAAUGUUCUAUGUGGGGUGGGAAUCCUUUCUACUCCUUAUGCUGUCAAAGAAGGUGGAUGGGUUGGCCUCUCGAUAUUGUUUAUUUUUGCAGUCCUUUCUUUCUACACUGGGAUUCUCUUGCGAGAGUGCUUGGACAGCCAACCUGGUCUUGAGACUUACCCAGACAUUGGCCAGGCUGCGUUUGGUAACAUGGGACGUUUUGCAAUAUCAAUAAUUUUAUAUGCAGAAUUAUAUGCUUGUACCGUUGAACAUAUUAUUUUGGAAAGUGAUAACUUAUCAGCACUAUUUCCAAAUGCACAUUUAAAUUUGGGAGCAUAUGAAUUGAAUUCUCACCAUUUGUUCGCAUUGUUGACCACCCUCGCUGUUCUUCCUACGGUUUGGCUGCGAGACCUCAGUGUCCUUAGUUACAUCUCUGCUGGUGGAGUUGUUGCCUCAAUAUUGGUAGUCAUUUGCUUGUUCUGGGCUGGCUUGGUGGAUAAAGUUGACUUUCAGAGCAAAGGGACAACGCUGAACCUCACAACCCUUCCUGUUGCUAUUGGUCUCUAUGGUUUCUGCUACUCAGGACAUGCUGUCUUUCCAAAUAUCUAUACAUCAAUGGCGAAACCAAGCCAAUAUCCUGCGGUCCUCUUGACUAGUUUUGUUAUCUGUACUUUCAUGUAUGCUGGAGUUGGUGUGAUGGGAUACAUGAUGUUUGGAGAAUUAACAGAGUCUCAAUUCACUCUUAACAUGCCCCAAGAUUUGCUUGCCUCCAAAAUUGCUGUCUGGACUACGGUAGUUAAUCCAUUUACCAAGUAUGCAUUAACCAUGACUCCAGUAGCAUUGUGUCUGGAGGAAUUGAUACCAUCGAGCCAUCUCAAAUCUUACAUGUAUUGUAUCCUCAUCAGAACAGCACUGGUGAUUUCUACCUUGGUUGUGGCUCUCUCUGUCCCAUUCUUCGGUCUGGUUAUGGCAUUGAUUGGAUCUUUACUUACAAUGCUAGUGACCUUGAUACUUCCUUGUGCCUGUUUUCUACGCAUCCUGAGGGGGAAAGUAACUCUGCUUCAGGGAUUGCUUUGUAUAUUGAUUAUUGUUGUUGGUGCUGUAUCGGCAGUCGUUGGAACCUAUUCAGCUCUCUCUCAAAUUAUUGAGAAUUUGAGUUGAUUUUUUUUAUUUUUAUAGUUUAAUAUUUCAACAGUUAAGAGACUUUUUCUAGCCAAUUCCAUUUUAUGGGACUUAAGUCUUGGUUUGGUUUGGUUUAAGAGACUUUUUCUUUUCAUGUUUUUUCCCUCGAUGAAUUCUUAUGUUGACUAGAUGUUGAAUUUUUUAUUUAUGUUUCUUAAUGUUCCCCUCCCCCGGCUGAU